AUUUGCUCCCCACUCAUAUUGUGAGCCUUUACACAUUUCUCACAAACCCCAAAAAAAAAAAAAAACACUACUACUUUUAAAGAACACCAAUAUUCAAUUCAUUAAACAUAAAAAAAAAAAAAAUUCAUCAAAGUUUUUUUUUAAAAAAAUGGUUAGAGCUCCUUGUUGUGAGAAGAUGGGGUUAAAGAAAGGGCCAUGGACUCCAGAAGAAGACCAAAUUCUCAUCUCCUACAUUCAAUCAAAUGGUCAUGGCAACUGGAGAGCCCUCCCUAAAUUAGCCGGAUUAUUGCGAUGUGGAAAAAGUUGUAGACUUAGAUGGACGAAUUAUUUACGUCCAGAUAUUAAAAGAGGAAAUUUCACAAGAGAAGAAGAAGAUAGCAUUAUUCAAUUACAUGAAAUGCUUGGCAAUAGAUGGUCUGCUAUAGCAGCUAGAUUACCAGGACGAACAGAUAACGAAAUAAAAAAUGUAUGGCACACUCACUUGAAAAAAAGGCUUAAAAAUUAUCAGCCUCCUCAAAGCUCCAAAAGACACUCAAAAAACAAGGAUUCCAAAGCUCCUUGUACUUCUCAAAUUGCCUUGAAAAGUUCAAACAAUUUUAGCAACAUCAAAGAAGACGGGCCCGGGCUCGGGCUUGGGUCCGGCCCGAACUCGCCACAAUUGUCAUCUAGCGAGAUGUCGACUGUCACGGCUGAUUCACUAGCCGUGACAAUGGGCAUCUCGAACAGUAACGAUCAAAUGGACUCAUCUGAAAAUUUUAUCCCAGAGAUCGAUGAGAGUUUCUGGACAGACGAUUUGUCCACGAGUGGUGGCGAAGAAUUACAAGUUCAAUUUCCAUUUCAUGACAUGAAACAAGAAGAUGUAGAGAUGGAUGUUGGAGCAAAAUUAGAGGAUGAUAUGGACUUUUGGUACAAUGUUUUCAUAAAAUCUGGGGACUUAUUAGAGUUACCAGAAUUUUGAGGGGUUAAUUUCGUUGUUUUCAAAACUUGAAGUAGUGGAAUGCCAACUAAUUAUUUAGUGGUGUUUUUUUUUGGGAUUUUUUGGGAGUCGACAAGUUUGAAAAUUCUUGUUUGUUUAUUGACUUUAAAGUUCUUGAGAGGACCAACAAAAAAAAUACAAGUUGAUCCUUUUUUUUUUUUUAGCUAGGAUAAUUUUUUUCCUAUUUUUAUUUUGAAACUUUUUAGUUUAGUUUAAUUGGGAAAAAAAGUAUAGUGGAUGGUGAUGUGAAAAAGGGGAAAUUAUUGGAGAUAUUGGGAAAAAAUUUUUUAUUCAA